CUCGAUUUCGGUCGAGAAGAGUUCGCCUGCUGAACACGUUUCUUCCCUUGUUAUUGUGUCUGCCCAACGGGCUAGAUAUCGAGACAGCGCACACGCAACCUCUCUUUCUCUGCCCUGAAACGUUCCCUUUGCCUCUCCGGGUGAAAUCUGACAUCAUGCCGGCGAAGAAACGCAAAGCCUCGUCGAACUCCAGCACCCCGGCCAAGAAAGUCCGCAUCGGCGGCACCUCUGCCAUCCCCGACCAACCCGCGGUAUCGUCCGCAGGACGGCCCAAGAGGACCACUGUCAGUGAGCCCAAGUACAAUUUCACGAGACGCCGCUCAUCUGGCGCUCAGAAUACGGCUCCCGCUGGCAGUAGUGCAAAAGGUGAACCCGUGAAGAAGCGUGGAAGACCACCCAAGGCUGCUGCGUCCCCCGCGCCCAAGCGAGAUGUGAAGCCGAAGCCGGUGAAAUCAAGUGUGAAGAAAACUACAACCUCGAAUGCGUCCAAGCCCGUCACGUCCUCGCGGACAGCUCGUGCAGCGACCCGAAAGUCUCCUGCGAAAGCGCCUGCUCCGACAACAACCGCAAAGCGUGGCAGGAAGCCGAAAGUCGCACCCAAGACGAAAAACGCAUCGUCAGAGUCGGAGUCUGAAGAUGGCCCUUCUCCACACGGACACGCACCUGGAGCGAUUAACGGCGAUGGGAACAAGUCUGGCGAGACGGCUACGCUUGACCAUGACAUACAAUACUGGCUGAUGAAGGCUGAACCAGAGUCUCGAAUCGAAAAGGGUCACGACGUCAAAUUCUCAAUCGACGAUUUGGCGGCGAAGACGGAACCUGAGGGGUGGGAUGGUGUACGCAACCCGGUGGCCCGCAACAAUAUGCGAGCGAUGCGUAAGGGCGACCUAGCAUUCUUCUAUCAUUCCAACUGCGCCAUUCCCGGCAUUGCAGGUGUCAUGCGGAUCGUCGGCGAACACACCAUCGAUGAAUCAGCAUUUGACCCAGGUCACCCGUACUUUGACCCAAAGUCCGACCGCGCAAAGCCCAAGUGGGAACUUGUCCACGUCGAAUUCGUCAAGAAGUUUGAGAACCUCAUCACCCUCAAGGAGCUGAAAUCGUUCGCAAAGCCAGGUGGAGCUUUGGAGAACAUGCAAACAUUCAAGCAGAGUCGGCUCAGCGUCUCGGCGGUCUCGGCUGAGGAGUGGAGAUUUAUCCUUGAUCUGGCUGGGGAGUCGGUUUCCUUGGGACAUGGAGAUGUCAUGGGCGGUUACGAAUCGGAAGUUGACGGCGAAGGCGAGGAGACUGUGGGCACCGGCGACGGCGACGGACUCAAUGGCCUUUCCGAUGGAGCUACCGGUCUAGGAAUUACUGGCGCCAUCGAUGGCGACGUGUCCGACCAGAACGAUACCCCGAACAACGACGGCGCAGUCCCUGUCAACGGCGCUGGAGAAGUGUGACGGAAGGACACUGCAAACAUAUGGAUAUUCGGCAAUAACCAGUCGCGACAAGUGACAAAAAGAAAGCACCGAUUUGUGAAUGGAGCCACAUUGACCAGAGACGCCCAUGCCCCAGCAUUUGAGCAGAUGGAAGCCGGUGAGGGUUUCUAGGUGUUGACAACCUUUGGGAGAUGAUGGAGGGAUGAUGCAAGACACCGAAAACGAAGAGCAUUAGGGCUGAGAUGACGGAAUGUCUCGACCAUGGAUGCGGCACAGUUGAUUUGUGCUGUGUGGAAGCGUCCCCUGGUUCGAGCCUCGUACCGAGUCCGCGUGUCUCGCAUGAAAGCAGGGACAUUUCCCAAACGAGCAAGCUGCAUUCGUUGCCGUCCGCCUUCGGGCGCUUGUGUAGGCAUCAGGCUCCUUGGCUGGGUGUCGAUGACCCCGGCCAGGAUUGAAGUCUUUUGCACCUUCAGAGGCAGUUGAAGGCUAUUUCCAGGCCAGAGGCUCUUCCCCCCGUACGGUGCGAUUGUAUCUGCAAUGUUCUACCUCGAUCUCUUUUAAGCUUCUUCCGCCAGCGAUCUGUUUCUUUCCUCUCG